UAUAUUUCUAAUAUGGCAUCCAGCAGACGAUCCCGAUCAAGGCACAGUGAGUUCGCGGAUCGACAACGUUCUGCGAUUUUUCUGUAGGGUUUUUGUAAUUGAUUGGAUUUUCUGACGUGAAAAAAUGGCUGAGGGCGGAGAAAAGCUAACGGGUUUGGCGAAACACUUCAAUAGCCAGACUAUGCAUGGCAGAGCAAACGUAACGAAGGCGACGUACGUUGGUCUAGGACUACUUGCCCUAUUUCUCUACUUGAAGCCGAGCAAAAAGACGUAGUUUCUAGACAGAUAUUGCAGUCAAGUUAUGUAAUAAUGAUACGUUGUAUCAUACGAUAAUAUUCUUCAGAUUCUUCAAAUAAAUAGCUAAAUAUUUUUUUUGUAAAUUAUUUUGUUUGUUGCUUAAUACUAGUUCUCUUUGUGAGUGCUGGAUGUCAUCACACAUGUCACUAACUGAGAACGUAUAAUAUAAUUGUUGCACUUAGCGAUUACAGCUGUUUUCUAUACAUUGCUUCAUUUUUCUGCAGAAAUGUAAAAUAGAAUUGGAAAAGAAGUUAUUUUUUUAAAGAAAUUGUCGAUAAAGCUGUAAUAUUAAUGAUUGAAAUUGUUGACAAAGCUGUAUCAAUGAUUAAGUAACAUGUAUUCUGUUUUUAUCGAUGUAUUCCAUCAUAUAUUUGUCAAUUGACAUAUUAAAAAACUACAAUUUAAUCUGA